UAAGAAAAGAAACGCAACCUUUCUUAUUUUUUUUUCCUCCUCACCCCCAACCUGCCCCUCCGAAAAAGAGGAACAGGAAAAGGACAGGAUAGCUGUGCCAAACCCACGCAACAAUUUGACGAGGGCAGCCGUCAAAGUGUCGAAACAACCUUGAUACAGAUGGUUAUCGAGUGUUGAAACAGAUAUUCAUAUUAUUUGAUUCAUCCCGAUAUCGAGGCUGGUAUUAGCCAUAAAUCCAUCACCGUGUCUUCCCUUUUUUCUCCCCUUCCUUUCGCUUCUUUUUUCCGCACUCUUCGACCCCUCGCAGCUAGCUCUGCCUUUCUCCUGAACUCUGUGCCUAGUUGCACAACAGUCUACAUCUCCACUCGUAAUAUUCAAAGGCGUCGGAAAAUGCCUCCCAAGAAGCAAGUUGUCGAGGAGAAAAUUCUCCUCGGCCGGCCAGGGAACAACUUGAAGAGUGGUAUCGUUGGUCUAGCCAACGUUGGAAAAUCGACACUGUUCCAGGCUAUCACCAAGUGUAGUCUCGGUAACCCUGCCAACUUUCCCUACGCUACCAUUGAUCCGGAAGAAUCCCGCGUCAUUGUCCCAGACGAACGCUACGACUGGCUGUGCAAAAAGUACAACCCCAAGUCACGAGUGCCUGCCCAUCUGACUGUCUAUGAUAUCGCCGGUUUGACGAGGGGUGCGUCAACUGGUGCCGGUCUUGGCAAUGCUUUCUUGUCACAUAUUCGAGCUGUCGAUGCCAUCUUUCAAGUUGUUCGAUGUUUCGAUGAUGCGGAAAUUAUUCACGUCGAAGGCGAUGUCAACCCCGUCAGAGAUCUGGAUAUUAUCGCGGAGGAACUUCGACUGAAAGAUAUCGAGUUCGUAGAGAAGGCACUUGAGAACUCGAAGAAGAAGACUCGUCUAGGCGGUCAGAGCUUAGAGUUGAAGAGGGCCAAAGAGGACGAGGCAACAAUAGAAAAGGUUCUCGCCUGGUUAAAAGACGGGAAGGACGUCCGAAAGGGUACCUGGACACCAAAGGAGGUUGAGGUCAUCAACACACUUCUACUCCUCUCGGCAAAGCCUGUGGUUUACCUAGUCAACUUAUCCGAGAAGGACUACACGCGCAAGAAGAACAAGCAUCUUGCCAAGAUUGCCGAGUGGAUGAAGGAACAUGCGGCUGGUGACCCCAUCUUACCCCUCUCCGUGGCGUUUGAGGAGCGUCUUACCCAGUUUGCCACCGAGGAAGAAGCUGCUGAAGAGUGCAAGAACCUUGGCAUUGAGUCUGCUCUACCCAAGAUCGUCACAACGAUGCGAAAGGCAAUGAACCUCGGCAGCUUCUUCACAACUGGCACAGACGAGGUACGGCAAUGGACUAUCCGGUUGGGCAUCAAGGCGCCACAGGCUGCCGGUGUCAUCCACACAGACUUUGAGAAGACAUUCAUUCAAGCCGUGGUCUACAAUUUCAGCAUGCUCAAGGAAUUGGGUGAUGAGUCUGAGGUCAAGGCCAAGGGCAAGAUCAUGACCAAAGGAAAGGAUUACGUGGUGGAGGACGGCGAUAUCUUAUUGAUCAAGGCCGGUGCCGCUAAGGGUUGAAGAAUUAAUUUAGACCUACAUACCACAUGAAGCUAGAAGCCAUACUGUCAUCGAACAGAUUCCAAUGAAAAAAAACUCAUUAAUUAUGAACAGAGAAGAGAUAUCUUUUGUUAUUAUUUCAAGACUUGAGUUCAUACAAAUAUCAAAGCCAGCUACGAAUAGAAUAUAAAAAUGCAAACAAUGAAUUGAUUAUCCCUUCUCUAAA